AUGCCUUCCGUUCUCCUCGUCGGUGCAUCUGGCAUGCUGGGAGCAUCACUCUCUCGGCAACUAAAGCAGAAAUACCCAACUUGGUCCCUGACUGUUUAUUACCGCAAUUCUCAGCUAGAUGAUUGGUUCCAGAACACCGUGGGUGUGGAUAAGGUUGAGCAUGGAACUUUUGAAGAUGUUUCCAGGGUCCGCACCCUUGCUUCCCAAAAUGAUAUCAUUAUUAACGCAGGGUCAUCGUUUGACCCAUCCUUGUCAAAGGCGAUUAUCGAUGGUUUGAAAGAAAGAAAACAUACUCUGAAAGGAACCUUGAUUCACGUCAGUGGUGGUGGAAACUUCAUUGAUGGCAGAACGGAUGGGAAAUAUGAUCCAGCUGGGAAGGUGUGGAAUGAUGCAUCCGAAGACGAUAUCAAACAAGUCAACCCUAGUAUGCUCAAUGGAGCAGCCGACCGCCUUAUUCUGGACGCAGGUAAUGAAGGAAACAUCAAUACCUUCAUUGUGUGCAUGGCAUUGACCUAUGGUCUUUCCGAUGGCCCUUUCCCAUCCAUUGGUGUGGGAUACAAGAUCUUGACCAGCAAUGCGCAGUCCCUAGGAUAUGUGCCUUACGUCGGUGAUGGAAGUAGUGUCUUGAGUGUGGUUCAUAUUGAUGAUGGUCUCAAAUUUCUCUUGCGGAUCGUGGACAUCGCCGCGACCCAUAAAGUAGUUGGCUCUGCGGAGAGCCGUUACUAUAUCACAUACGGUGAAAGAGUUUCUUGGAAGGACGUGGCCAAGGUGUUGGCUAGAACUUUGCACAAAAAAGGGGUCUUGCCGUCCCCCGAGCCGCGCAGUGUGUCCAUUGAAGAGGCUGGUCAAGGCGAAAUCCCCAAGCUGCUGGGAUCUAACAUGCUGGUGCAAGGUGACAGGGCAACGGAGUUGGGAUUCAAAGCUGAAGCCAAGUCUAUCUUGGAGUCCAUCCCAGAGGACCUGGACGUUGUCGACUUUUAA